AUGGCGGCCUCUGAUGCGUCCCCCAUCUCUCAGCUCCUCAAUUCCCUAGGUCUUACUCGAGAGGAUCUACAUAAACGUAGUGACGAGAUGAGACAAUUUCUGACGGCAGACAAUCCCAGUUCUUCACGCGUUUUGUCUCGUGGAAGGGCAGACAGCUCGAGCUCAAUAUCCAAUUUACGUUCACUUUCGAGAUCACAAAGCACUGCAGCCACUUCUGCGCGGUCACGGUCUCGCGCAAGCUCGAUAUCAUACCGGGACGACGCGUCUCCUUCACCAAGCCCAGUCAAGGCAGAACCAGUCGAGUCAGGUUUACCACCUCGCCAGCUAGACACCAUGGAAGCUGUUUUAGAGCGACACAGGCUGGCUAGGAAAGAGAAGAGGCAGAGAAAAGAGAAGGAACGAGACAUGUCAAGGGUGUCUCAGUCGUCUCCAACCCCGAGUAACGCGUCCAGUCGUGGAAAGAACUUGGGCUCGUUGUCAUUGAAGCGCGAAGAACUCAUAAUUGACGCGAGGACUGGGCGUAGUACCAGUCUAGUCGAUUCAGAGCCUCCACCCCUCACACCCUCCCAAACCAAAUAUUAUAGAGAGCACACUGCCGCGCAAGGACUUACGGUGAUACCUAAAGCCGAGUCGCCAGCUGUGAAAACUGUUCCGCCACAAGCGACCCAUCACUAUCCUUAUUCGCGAUAUCUAGCACAAGCAGAACUGAUUCCUUCUUUACAAAAUCCACACACAGGCUCUUCCGUUGCCUCCUUCCCACCUUUUACACCCCAGAACAAGCGAACCCUCCCUCCUAGCCAAACUGACCGUCACUCUCCUCUUCUACCUUUAUCUCCACCUCUGGCCACGCCUCAGGCAUCCCCGAUUCGCAUUGUAAACAUAGUAUCUUCACCAGGUCCGAUGGGACCAGAGCCAGAAGAAGAAUCCUACAGCAGAUUGCCAUACACACUCCCACCUGGUCCCUACUCGCCUAACAAGCCUGACCUUUCUUAUGCCGCAUUGCUAGGGCAAGCGAUCUUGUCCUCGUCAGAUCAUCGCUUGACUCUCCAAGAGAUCUACGACUGGAUAACGAUCGUUUAUCCCUACUUCAAACGCGGUGAAACUACUUGGAUGAAUAGCAUCAGACAUGUCCUGAGUACAACCGCAUGCUUUCGAAAAGUUAUUCGUGAUCGCUCCCUCGGCAGGACACAGUGGGCUGUCUGGGACGAAGACUUAGAAUGUUUCAAGAAUGGUGGCUUUCGUAAGCAAUUUUGCAAAGAUAUGAAUGGGGGCAAGUCCCCCGCAGAGGUGAUGCAAGCCAAGACCGGGAAACGAACCAGGAAGCCACAAGACGUAGAAGGAAGUGCGGAACGGAAAGGAAAGAAGCUCAAACGAGAAACAGACCAUGCCACUGGUCCUCAACGGACAAUACUGCCAGCCUCGCACACUGUUUUUCCUCCGGUUCAACCUGCGCCGCAGACACAGACAUACUAUGAUACAUGUGCUCAGUCACACAACUCGUCUGCUGACGUUCUCUUCCCGCCCAUACCGACCCUUGGAACUCGACAGCUGGCUGUCAAUCCAUCAGUCACCACUUCCAGUAUUUCCCAACCUGACGGCGAUGAUGCCGUUCCUCAAUCUUCUCCUGGCUCAGACGUGUUUCCCCCGCCUUCAUCAGCAUCAACCUCCUCAGUACCCGAGCUUACUCCCAACUGCAGCUCGUCCAGUCCGCCUCCAACGACCAGCGACAUGGAAUUGGAUGCUCCCAUCAUCAUCCGCAAUAACCCUCGGCGGGAUCGUCCUGCUUUCGGAUCAUCUGGUGGCGUCUUUGGGAUCGACUCAAGUAGCGAUGAUGAUCUUGAUAGCGAUGAUGAUGGCCUUAGCAAUACCAAAUUGACCCCGGUACAGUUCUGGGGCUCGUUGCCAAGGAGAAAAGAUGCGAAUGAAGUCAAACCUGGACUAAAGCUGAAGCUGACUAUCAACCACGGGAACGUUGGCCAACCCGACUUGGCAGAUCUAGAUCAGGAUCAACCUUUACUCAAUGCUGUGAAGAGCAAAAAUGCCAAACAGAAGAGAGCUGCAAAAUCAAAUGAACGCCCGGAUUCGCCUGCCCGAAAAACGUCCACAAAAGGUGGUCGAUUGAAAGCUGCUGAAGUCAAAGUUUACAAAAAUCCAAGAUUGAAGACACCUCCGCGAGCCGCUGCCACCGAAGUACUUUCGACGCCUCCUCCGAAUCGCAGUCGAAAAGUACAAUUGUCCCCGAUGCACACCCCACUCUCGCAUAAGGGUUUGCAUAUGAGCCCGUCAGCUAGUUUAGCGCACUACAAAAUGAACUUGGAUCCGCCUCCGGUCGCAUCAUACAGCACAAAUGAAGAUGAACUCGUCUCCGCUUUUCUCCACACGCCGCUGCGCGGACCGGUCACUCCAAAGAGGUUAUUGGAGGAAUCCCCGUACAGGACCUCGUUUAUAUCUCCUUUCCGAACUCCAGGUUCGCGUCUAAUAAUUGACGAUCAUGAUCCAAGGGCACUGUUGGAUGAGGAACUGAACCGAAUGAGUGCAGGACAGAACGACAGUCCGCCUUCAGGUGGACUCUUCGGGAAACAGAGAGAGCUGUUGUACGAUUCUCCCAAUGCGAUGGAUGCCAGUCCGGGGAAAUGGGGUAAAUGGUCGAGAUGGUGA